AACCUUAAUUUUGUGUCACGCCACUUUUGUUUUCUCGCUGUCCCUAGGAACCAAACAGUUCCACCAACCUUCCCAGUUCUCAUCCCUCACUCUCACUAUCAUCACAUCACUCUCUUUCUCUCUCUCUCUUUCUUUCUCUCCCAAUCAUCCUUCCACACAGACAAAUCACACACUCCCUCACUCAAUUCCUCUUCUUUUUUCUCUCUUCACUUCAUUUUUCAUUUCUCAUAACAUGUCCAAACCUCAAACCUCCACUUUCUUCCAUUUCCGGUUAUGAAUCCCCCCCAACCGCCGCAGCCCCACCGUCCCUCUUGCCCCCGCCAUCCCGACGAAGCCUUCACCGGCUUCUGUCCCUCAUGCCUCUGCGAACGCCUCGCCCUCUUAGACCCCAACAACAUCACCGCCUCCUCCUCCGCCUCCCGGAAACCCCCCUCCACCGCCGCCGCCGCCCUUAAAGCCCUCUUCCGCCCCCCUCCCCUCCCGGAACUUCGCCGCACCAAAUCCUUCUCCGCCUCCAAAAACGAACCCUUCUCCUCCUCCUCCUCCUCCUCCUUCGAACCCCAGCGCAAAUCCUGCGACGUCAGAGUCCGCAGCACCCUCUCCAAUCUCUUCCACCAAGACAUCAACAUUAACAUUAACCCCCAAAACGACAACGCUCCACGUGUCGUUCAACCUCACCCCCAACAAAACGACAAUCCUCCACGUGUCCUCGACCAACCCGAAAAUCCAGAAGAGGACGAAGACGAUAUUAGGGUUCUGGAGGAGCCCAAGCAUUGUGUGAACGAAAUCGAAGAACUUGAAGAAGAACUUGGAGAAGAAGAGGAGAUACUAAAACAGAAAGAAAAAGAAGAAGAUCUUGUUGCUAUUGUUGAAGAAGAAGACGUGGGGUUGAAGACAAUGAAGGACCACAUUGACCUUGAUUCUUCUCAGAACAACAAGCAGCAGAAAGCGCGUGACUUUAAAGACCUUGCGGGGAGCUUCUUCUCGGCGGCUUCGGUUUUCAGCAAGAAGCUGCAGAAGUGGCGGCAGAAGCAGAAGGCGAAGAAGCGGCGGAGCGGCGGCGCGCUGCCGGUGGAGAAGCCGAUCGGGCGGCAAUUCCGCGACACGCAGUCGGAGAUCGCCGACUACGGGUUCGGGCGGCGGUCGUGCGACACCGAUCCGAGAUUCUCGCUAGACGCCGGACGGUUCUCGCUCGACGCCGGCCGGAUGUCGUUCGACGACCCGCGGUACUCGAUCGAGGAGCCGCGGGCGUCGUGGGAUGGUUAUUUGGUGGGGAGGAACACGUUUCCGAGGAUGCCGACGAUGUUGUCGGUGGUGGAGGACGGACCGGUUCCUAUGCCGGUGCCGGUGAACCAUGUAGUGAGGACUGAUAUGCAGAUUCCAGUGGAAGAGGGUUUGAAUGAAGAUGAGAGUAUGCCUGGUGGGAGUGCACAGACAAGGGACUAUUACGAUUCGGGUUCCAGGAGGAGGAAGAGUCUUGAUAGGUCUAGUUCAGCAAGAAAGAGUAUUAGUUUGGAGGUGGAUGAGUUAGGGAAUAAUGGGAAUGAGAAUGGGAACGGGAAUGGGAAUGCUAAGGUGGCUCCUGCUGGGGUGGAUUAUGCGCAAGGGGUGAGAAUGGGGUUUAACGAUCGCGAAUUCGACCGGUCGAAUUCACUGCGGGAGCAUUGCUGUUCUGAAAAGAUGUUUGAUGUGGGGGUGAUUGGGAAGGAAGGGAAGAAGGGGCGGCGGUGGCGGUGGAGCAUUUGGGGCUUUAUUCACCGGCGUGGUGGGAACAAGGAUGAGGAUGAGGAUAGGUAUAGCAGGGUGAAUGGGGUGGAGAGGUCGUAUUCGGAGUCGUGGGGCGCAGACGGUAGAGGUGGUGGUGGUGGUGGUUUUAAUGGGAGGAUAUUGAGGAGCAAUAGUAGUGUGAGUUGGAGGAAUGCUCAAGGGGUUGGGAAUUGUGGUGGUGGGGGGUUUGGGGGUUUUAGGAGGAAUGGUGUUCAGAGUAAUGGGAAUGGGAAGAAGGGGAAGGAUGAGUUUGUUUUGGAAAGGAGUAGGAGUGCAAGGUAUUCUCCUAACAACAUUGACAAUGGCCUCUUGAGGUUUUACUUGACUCCAAUGAGGGGGAGCAGAAGAAACGGGUCUGUGAAAAGUAGGUCAAAUCAAGCACAUUCCAUUGCAAGAAGUGUGCUUGGAUUGUAUUGACAUGGAGAAGAAAGGUCCAUAAGGUUUUCUUUUGGUUUGAUGUUGUUAAUUUUGCUCUGCAUUUCUUGUGUAAACCACACAUGCCCUAUGUAUUAUUAUUAUUACUAUUAUUAUUCUUGAUGGUUGGUUGGUUACAA